ACACCACACGGCUAAGAGGACUCCACUCAACGAUAGCAUACCUUAGUAUCUGGAUUCUGAUAACGUAACGAGUAGAGAAGAUUGCUCCGAGAAUGUGAGGACUAGUUAUGCCCAGUGAGCCCGCAGCUGGGGUACGCUUACUACCACCACCAUGGAGCGCUCGCCGCUGGAGAGGAUGGAGAGUGUGUUGGAGGGGCGGGAGAAGACUGGCGUGCCUGAUGCCAUUCUGCUGGAGGACUAUCUAAAUGAAGCGGCCUUCAUUGACAACCUGAAGAAGCGCUACUAUGAGAACCUAAUCUACACGUACAUCGGGCAGGUGGUGGUGUCCGUGAACCCGUACAAGGAUCUGGGCAUCUACACGGAGAGCUACCUGGAGAAGUACCGCAAUGUCAACUUCUACGAGGUGCCGCCCCACGUGUUUGCCAUCACUGAAAAUGCCUACAAAUCCAUGAUCUCAGAAGUCAUUGACCACUGCAUCCUGAUCUCAGGUGAGUCAGGUGCUGGGAAGACAGAGGCCAGCAAGCAGGUGUUGAGGUUCCUGGCGGCCACCUCGCUUCACCGCAGAGAGGUGGACCGUGUGAGGGACAAACUCCUGCAGAGCAAUCCACUACUGGAGGCGUUCGGUAAUGCCAAGACCAACAGGAAUGACAACUCCUCGCGUUUUGGAAAAUACAUGGAUAUUGAGUUCAAUUUUAAGGGUGAUCCAGUUGGUGGCCACAUCCUGAACUAUUUGCUGGAGAAGUCCCGUGUGGUGCACCAGGAGGUUGGUGAGAGGAACUUCCAUAUUUUUUACCAGCUCUUGGGAGGAGGACCAGCAGAGCUUCUUGAAAAGUUGCACCUUGAGAGGAAUCCAGACCAUUAUUUCUACCUCAAGCAGGGUAAGAGCUGUCAUGUAGACUCUAUCAAUGACUCCGGAGACUUUGAGGCUGUGCAACAUGCUUUAGACAUCUUAAACUUUGGAGAUGAUGAGAAGACGGCUAUCUGGGGGAUAAUUGGCGCUAUCCUGCAUCUGGGGAACGUCACCUUCACAGUUAAUGAUGAUGGACUGGCAAAGGUGGUGGACGAGACACCUGUUAACUACUGCAGCAAGUUACUAGGGUGCGAGAGCAAGGAGCUGCUGAUGGCCCUUACUCACCGCACCAUUGAGGCACGUGGGGAUGUUGUCACAUCACCCCUCAACCCAGAGCAGGCGGUGUAUGCCCGUGAUGCACUGGCCAAGUCUGUGUACGAGCGAGUGUUUGACUGGCUGGUGAGGAGACUCAACCUCACCCUGCACAACAAAGAGACUGGGAGGAAGACUCUCUUGGGAAUCCUGGAUAUUUAUGGAUUUGAAAUAUUUGACAAGAAUGGGUUUGAACAGUUCUGCAUCAAUUACUGCAAUGAGAAACUGCAGCAGUUGUUCAUUGAGCUGACACUGAGGAGUGAGCAGGACGAGUACCGGCGUGAAGGGAUUGAGUGGGAACAAGUGGACUACUUUGAUAACAAGAUCAUCUGUGACCUGGUGGAGGAGAAGCACAAAGGCAUCAUCUCCCUGCUGGAUGAGGAGUGCCUCCGCCCAGGGGAUGCAACAGAUGCCACCUUCCUAGCAAAGAUGAAUUCUCAUUUGGCAAAGCACAAACAUUAUUUCAGUUAUGACACAUCUGAUAAUUCCAAGGUGAAGAAGACCAUCAAUAAGGAUGAGUUUCGACUGCGGCAUUAUGCUGGAGAGGUGGCGUACAGAGUGCAAGGUUUCCUGGACAAAAACAAUGAUCUUCUCUUCAGAGACCUGAAAGAGGUUAUGACUCACACUUCAAAUCUAAUCAUCACUGAUGUCUUUCCUAAGGAGGAAUUGGGAAGAAAGAAGAGACCUGACACUGCUGCCACACAGUUCAAGAAUAGUCUGGGAGAGCUGAUGACCAUCCUCAUGUCUAAGGAACCUUCAUACAUCCGCUGCAUCAAACCCAAUGAUGAGAAACGCUCCUACAGCUUCAAUGAGGAGAGGGUGAGCCAUCAAGUCAAAUAUCUUGGACUGAUGGAAAAUCUGCGGGUGAGACGAGCAGGAUUUGCUUACCGCAGAGCUUAUGAGAUAUUCCUGGAGAGGUACAAGUCACUCUGCCCAUCAACUUGGCCAAACUACAAGGGACAACCCAAGGAUGGAGUGCUGAAUAUUGUGAAGCACCUCAAUUACCAUCCUGAUGACUACCGCAUGGGAAGGAGCAAGUUGUUCAUCCGGCUGCCCAGGACACUGUUCAAGACAGAAGACACCCUUCAGGUUCGAAAAGGUGAACUGGCUACGAUGAUCCAGGCCAAGUGGAAAGCCUUUGUGUAUCAGAGGAGGUACCAGAAAAUGCGGGAGGCAGUCACAGUUCUGGCCAAGCACUGGAGGCGCGUUGCUGCUGCAAGGCUACUCGCCCAAAGAAAAUGGGCUGCAGGAGUUAUUCGAGGGUUCGUGAAAGGCUUCAUCACUCGCAAUGAGGCAGUGAACCCCACCAAUGCGAGAUUCCAACAGCUGGUCAAGUGUGAGUAUCUGCUGAGAUUGGCAAAGUCCCUGCCCCAGAAUGUUCUUGAUCGCCGGUGGCCUCAACCACCAGGCUCCUGCACUGAGGCUUCUGUAGUGCUGAAGGAUCUCCACCGCACAUACCUGGCCAGGAAGUAUGUGAGGGCACUGUCGUCAGAAAGGCGCGCCAUGUUUGAGGAAAAGGUUCUGGCUGAGCAACUCUUCAAAGGAAAGAAAGCAAGCUACCCUCUUGUCUUACCCAACUGGUUCAUGGCAUCACGACUUGACCCUGCAUCUGAUUCCUUGAUGAAGACUGGAUUUGAAGGAAUAAUCAAGACAUCUGGGGAAAAAACAAAGUACAGUGUUCCAUGCACUAAGUAUGAUCGUCAUGGAUACAAACCCCGAGACCGACUGCUGGUCAUCACCACAGGUGCCCUGUAUCUGCUGGAGGCCAAGGAAAACAAGCUCAAGCAAAAGCACAGAUUCUCUCUGAAAGAAAUUCAAGGUCUUCAUGUGUCACCCAACAAUGAUAACCUGAUGCUGAUACAGAUUCCUCCUGAAAAUGCUAAAAAGGAAAAGGGUGACCUGAUCAUCAAUGUGCCAAACGUGAUUGAGGCAGUGACAAAAAUCGUAUCUGUGAGUGACAACACUGAGAUUCUCAAUAUUGCAGCCACAGAUUGCAUUGGCCACACAAUGAAGAAUGGAAAACAGGGAACAAUUGUGCUCAACAGUGGAGCAUCCGUCACCACUAUAAACAAGAACAAGGAAGGCAAGCUUCUAGUGAUGGCUGGACAGUGAAGACACCUGUGAUGGUGGGAAGAGGAUGGCACAAGAUGACUUAACUUACUGAUAAUGAAACUCACCAGACAACCAUUCCUGAUAAGUUUAGGUAGUAAAGGUAACAGAAGAUGCAGUGUGCAAAUAUUGUAAGAUAGUCUGAUUGUGUUGCCAAAUUAUUUCAUCAUCAUAUAACAUGUAAACAAUUCUUAUUCAUUAAAGCUCAUAGACUAGAUUUAUUUUGGUUCAUGAACUUAGAUGAAUAAUCAUUAUUACUAAACGUACUAAUAUGUCGAAGUGAAAUUUUGUUGGGAUUGUUUCUUUACUUCAAAGAAGCUUUCCAUUACUUUGUUAUGUUUUUACUACAUAUCCUAGGAAUUUUUUUUAUACAGUUUUGUUAAAAUAGUUAUUUGCUCUGAACAUAUUUUGAUGCCAGGAAACAAAAUUUAGAUUUCAAGUCAUCUCGCAAUAUGGUGCUAGCCUACAUAUUAUGCAGUCUUGCCAGUGUAUUUUUAUAAAUGAGAAGGUGCAUUUUGUAACUUUCCAUGAUUGAAAUAUUAGACUUCCUUUUUUAUACAGUCAAAUAAUGCUGCAGUAUGAGAUGUGAUCAAAAAAUUCUGAGACUACAUCUGUGAAACCUAAUCAUACAUGCCAUAACUUUUGCAAUCGUUCUCUUUAGUGCAGUCAUCUCAUACAGCAACGUAUUGCUUCCAUUCUGUCAUGUUUGGAGUCCUUCCUACACAUCUUACUAAAAUAUAUCAGAUACCAUUUGUGAUUUGUGCUGCAUUUUAUUCUUGGUGCCCAUCUUGAGCCACAUGAAGAGGUCACAGGCACCCAGAUCCAGCAAGUAGUGGCUGUUGUUUUCCUGUGCCUUAAACUGCACUUUCAACAAAAUGUAACUGGUCGAUUUGUCAAUAUGAUGUCAGGAUCUAAGGCACAAACUUAGCAGCAGUGUGGUGCAUAUUCACAUUAGAUGUAAAGAUUAUAGGAACAAUAUCAGUAACUUCCCUGGUGAUGCUCCUUUAAUCCUGACUUUCUUUUUAUGGGUUUGUGCUUAUAGAGGAUCACUCAUCCUUUGUCAUCCUGGAGUGAUAUUUUGUGCUUGAAGAAUGAAUGCCACUGAAAACACAACACUCAUAUCAUUUGUUUCAUUGCUGUAGGUUUGCUGCAUUAUUUCAAGUCUUGUUGCUUAAUUUCUUAAUCUUGUAUAGAAAGUGAUGUGCACUAGUUGCCCAGGUUUAAAGUUCACUGUGACAUUGCAAGUGAGCACAUGAAUUAUUAUACCACAGUUGCCAAUGAGCUCAGUAAUGCCUGAUAUGCUGGAUGAUAGAAGUUAUUGUUUGCUUUUGCUGCGUGUGACUGACCACAACCCACAUUGUUCAUUUAUUAUGGAAACAGUCUGUGAACUUUUUGAUCACAUAUUUGUUGAUGAAUUGAUAAAUAUAUAAUGGUUAUAACACUGUCAUGUUAGCCAGAGUGGUAUCUCUCAGCUAAGUGAAACUGAAGAGAUGGUGUAAGCUGUUUAUGUUCCUGUAUUUUGUAUUCAUUAUCAUCAGACUUGAUUACACUUCACCCACAUUUGCACAGCAUACAAAUCAUGGAUUUACAUAAACUUGUUAGGGUAGAUGAACGCUAUAUUUUGGCUGUUUUAUAAAGUUUUAAUGUGCCAUGUGAUAAUCUUCCCAGGUUUUGCUAGUUCUUUGAUCACAGCCAUAUUGAAACAUGAUUCAGUGUAGCAUGUGAGUUGAUCCUCAGCAUUUAAGGAUGUUAUAUACUGUUUGUUAUUGUUAGGACCAAGUGUAUUGUAAUGGAACAGUUUUACUGGGUUAGUUAUACUGUAUGUGAGCUAUGCCUCUCUCUCAUAAUAUGUACUUAUUAUUUAUCAAUUUUAUGUGCUAGUCAUAAAAGCUGUACAGUUCAUAAGUUGUGAUAUAGUGUAUAUAAUGCAGAAAAGUGCAUCCUUGGCUCUUCCCUGUCACUGUUUUCAAAGAAUAUUUUGACGCCUGUAAUAUGGAAGACUUGUAGUUCAUGUUAUCAAAGGCAUUAACACGGUUAAUUCUAGGUGAUAUUUUGAAAAGGAGUGUGAUAAUUGGGGCAUCCUUGAUAGUUUAUCCUGAGAUUUUCAUGUUUGUUAAACCAUCUUCCCUGAAAGAAAAAAAAAUUAUAUAUAUAUAUAUAUAUAUAUAUAUAUAUAUAUAUAUAUAUAUAUAUAUAUAUAUAUAUAUAUAUAUAUAUAUAUAUAUAUAUAUAUAUAUAUAUAUAUAUAUAUAUAUAUAUAUAUAUAUAUAUAUAUAUAUAUAUAUAUAUAUAUAUAUAAUCAAAUUUUUGUUUUGUGUUUAAAAGUUGACAAAGUACUAUGUAAGUACACAGUGCCUGAGUUCUUCAAUAAUAAUGCAAUAACUAUACUUAUAUUUAGAUAGGAAUAAUGUGGACCAUACCUAGAAUAUUAUGUAAGUGAAUCCUGUGAAUGUUAUGUAACAAAACUGUUUUUUUUACAGUAUUUCAGUGAGCUUUAUAUUAUGUCAAAGUAAAUUUCCUACAAGAUGA